AUGUUUGCCGCAAUUGCUUCAGGAAAUCCUUUGCAACUUUCUGUAGAAGUCCCUAAUUCAAGUGGAUUACAGCAUACAAUUGUGCUUUCUCGAACCAAGCCCAAACUAUAUUCACACAUCACAUUAUUUAUACUUCCUAAUGUGACCUUUCCACAGGAUUUUGUAGCCACGGUUUAUUUUAAAUUGAGCCCUCAAGAAGAAUUCAAAUUGUUUGGAUAUUUGAGCGGAGAGAAACCUAGUGCAAUAUUCAAAGUGCAAAUACCGAGCUCCAAGAGAGAACCUGGAGAAGCAAGUGAUGGAUUGGGGGAGAUAGACAUGGAUGUGGACGAUGGUUCGGGAGCUAAUGACAUGUCAGCAGAUGGCAACGGUAGUAAUAAUAUAUCAGAAUUGAUUAUUGGUAUUUCCAUUGAGCCUCGAGAGCAAGGGAUGAUGAAGCUAGAAGAGUGGAAGGCUAGUAUGAAUGGAGAAGCACAAAAGAACAAUUCAUUGGUUCUGUCGAGACCUAAUUUGGGAGUAAUUAGAAAUAUUACCACAGCGGGACAAUUAGCACAGGUGUACCCCUCUUUGACACAAGAAUUGGCCGCGAAGAUUGUACAACAUGCAUAUAACUAUCUCUCGGGCUUCCUUGAUAGUCAGGGCAAUGUGCCCAUUAAAAGAUUCGAUACGUGGUGGGACAAAUUCAAGAACAGACUUGCCAAUGACGGGACGUUUUUAGAUGAAGUAACCAAAAAUUAG